AUGAAAGAGUAUGAUGAGAUCACAUCCCAGAGCACAAAAGAUGGGAGUUACUUCAACAUCAACUUCUUCGGCAACGAUAAUAGCCGUGCUUUCAACCCCAGCCUUCUGCCACAUCCGCAACUGUUUGAUACCUGGAUUGCGGUAGCGCAGGCUCGGUAUGAAGACAGGUCGUAUCCAUCGGGCUGGUCGUCGGAGCUGGUAUGCAACGCGGUGUUCAACAAGGGCGGAAACUUGUCAUGCACGGAGCCACCCACGGUGUUGGUGGUGCCAGCGACCCAGAGCACACACUGCAAGGACAAGCUCCUGACUCUACACAUGAACAUUGGGCCUCACGAUGCGCGUGCCUUCUUUGGCCCCGAAUACCCGUACCUCAUCUACGGCACUCAAUCCGAACACACCUGUUUCGGACAAUGGACACAAGACUUCCGCCUGCUCAUGGACUGGGGCAUCUUCCGCGGCUACGACGCCUUCCAGGUCCCCACGGAGAUCCAACGCCCACCACCCCUCGGCGCCAUGGAGAAGAACUACUAUUUCUUCUGGGACUUCGACAAAGUCCUCUACGCCCACUACGACUCCUCCCCGCACCGGGCCUUCGCCAAAGUCGAACUCGACGGCUCCGCAGGCCCCGACCUCGCCCCGCAAGUCUACGCCAAAGACGAAGCCUGCUUCAACAAACACCUCCGCCUGAACCCGCUCCCGGACCCCAAAGUCACCAAAUCCUCCAUCCACCAAGCCACCAACUCCCUCUCCCUCACCCUCUGCAACUCCACCGACACCUCCUGCAUCCCCAACGCCGACAACACCUACAUCAUCGCCAUCUACCAGCACAAGAUCGGCAACGGCCUCAUGCACGCCCGCUACGAACCCCACGUCAUGGUCAUGAAGCGCCGCGCCCCCUUCGAAAUCCACGCCAUCACCGCCAAACCCCUCUGGAUCCGCGGCCGCAAGAACAAGGACGAGAUGAUCUACAUCACGAGCAUGAACUACAAGCAGAGGGGACAGACGUAUACGGGGUAUCUGGACGAUAUCAUCCAUGUGAAUUUCGGCGUCGAGGAUCGUCGCACGUCGAGUAUCGAUGUCAAAGCGGGCGAUCUUGUGAGGAAUUUGAUGUUUCUUGACGAAAGCGAGCAAUUUUUGCGCAACGCAUGUAUGUAG